AAUUUCGAGUAAAAAGGAACCGCAAAUUCCUCAAAAAAAAAAAAAAAGGAAAUUUGGAUUAGCGACCGAAUAAUAAUCAACGACCAUCUUAAAACGCAAAAGAAACAUCUAUCGGAAUUACCUCCCACUCCAUUUCAGAUCUAUUAAGAAAAAUCCCCAAAAACUUUUGAUUACAACUCAAGUAAUUUAGAAAAGUCACAGAGCCUAGAGAGAGAUAGGGAGAGAGAGAAGAGAGAGAGAGAUAGAGAGAGAGAGAAGAGAGAGAAGAGAGAGAGAGAUAGAGAGAGAGAGAAGAGAGAGAGAGAGAGAAAGAAUGUCGAGCGACAGUGACGACAUUGACGAGGACGAGCUCCUUCAGAUGGCUCUCAAGGAGCAAGCCCAGCGAGAUCUCAAUUACCAGAAGCCGUCUUCUCUCAACUCUCGCAAGCCCGUCGCCAACUACGUUCAGCCGCCGCCGCAGCCGCCGCCGUCGAAGAACUCGCCGAUGCCGAAGGCAGGAGCUCAGGCGAGGCGACCGGUAGACGAUGACGACGAUUCCGAGGUCGAGAUGCUCAGCAUUUCCAGCGGCGACGACGAGUCCACCGAGAGAGAUCACCUCCGUACCGGCGCCGUCGCCUCCAGGGACCGCCCCGGUGCCGGCAGAGCCGCCAGGAGGGACGAUGAUGGCGGCUGGGACGGCGACGAGCCCGAUUGUUGGAAGCGCGUCGAUGAGGCUGAGCUUGCUCGCAGGGUUCGUGAAAUGCGGGAGACAAGGACAGCGCCAGUAGCUCAAAAGUUUGAGAAGAAAGUAUCGGUGGUGGGGAGAAAGGGACUUAAUACUUUACAAUCUUUCCCUCGCGGCAUGGAAUGUGUUGAUCCAUUGGGUUUGGGUAUAAUAGACAACAAAUCAUUGAGGCUGAUAACUGAGGCAUCAGAAAGCUCUCCAUCCAAGCAUGAAAGAGAUCAUCUGGAUAACAACCUCCGUGAGAAGUUGAUGUAUUUCUCUGAGAAAUUUGAUGCGAAGUUGUUUCUAUCUCGGAUACAUCAAGAUACAAGUGCUGCAGACCUGGAGGCUGGUGCUCUUGCUUUGAAAAGUGAUCUUAAAGGGCGGACGCAGCAGAGAAAACAAUUGGUUAAAGACAACUUUGAUUGCUUUGUCUCUUGCAAAACCACAAUUGAUGAUAUUGAGUCAAAGUUGAGGCGAAUUGAAGAAGACCCUGAAGGAUCAGGAACUUCCCAUUUGUUUAGUUGUAUUCAAGGAGUGAGUUCGUUGGCUAAUCGUGCUUUUCAGCCUUUAUUUGAGAGGCAGGCUCAAGCUGAGAAGAUCAGGUCAGUCCAAGGAAUGUUACAGAGGUUCCGGACCCUCUUUAACUUGCCAAGUACCAUACGUGGGAGCAUUAGUAAGGGAGAAUAUGAUUUGGCAGUUAGAGAAUACAAGAAGGCGAAAUCCAUUGCUUUGCCAUCUCAUGUGGGAAUACUGAAACGUGUUCUUGAAGAGGUUGAGAGGGUGAUGCAUGAAUUUAAAGGAAUGCUUUACAAGUCUAUGGAGGACCCACAAAUAGACUUAACAAAUCUCGAAAACACUGUAAGGCUUUUGGUGGAGCUGGAACCUGAUUCAGAUCCUGUCUGGCAUUAUUUAAGUAUACAGAACCAAAGAAUUCGAGGUUUGCUUGAGAAGUGCUCCUUAGAUCAUGAAAGUAGGAUGGAAAAUUUGCAUAAUGAGAUUCGUGAAAAAGCCUUGUCUGAUGCAAAAUGGAGGCAGAUUCAGCAAGACUUGAAUCAAUCUUCAGAUGUCAACUAUUCUAUGAACAACCACCUUUCAGUGGAUUCUCGGCCAGUAGACUUGACAAGUGAAGAAGUUGAUGCACUUAGAGGGAGGUAUAUUCGAAGGUUAACUGCUGUACUUAUUCAUUAUAUACCAGCCUUCUGGAGAGUAGCACUUUCUGUUUUCAGUGGGAAAUUUGCGAAGGUUUCAACUGAAGCAAAUACUAAUGCUUCUGCAAAUAAAAUUGAGGAAAAAGUGGGAGAUGGGAAGUACUCAUCUCACUCUCUCGAUGAAGUUGCUGGAAUGAUUAGCAGUACCAUAUCUGCUUAUGAAACAAAGGUUCACAAUGCAUUUCGUGAUCUUGAAGAAUCAAAUAUUCUCCGACCAUAUAUGAGUGAUGCCAUAAAGGAGAUUACUAAGGCAUGCCAAGCUUUUGAAGUGAAGGAAUCAGCUCCCUCAAUUGCUGUUAAUGCGGUAAGAACACUUCUUUCAGAGAUAACAAAGAUUUACAUUCUAAGGCUUUGCUCAUGGAUGCGAGCAUCAACAGAGGAGAUUUCAAAGGAUGAAACUUGGGUUCUAGUAUCAAUUAUUGAAAGGAACAAGUCUCCUUACACGAUCUCUUUCUUGCCUCUGGCUUUCCAUUCUGUUAUGGCCUCAGCAAUGGAUCAGAUCAAUUUGAUGGUUCAGUCUCUAAGUAGCGAGGCUGCAAAGUCUGAAGAUAUGUUUUCACAGUUUCAAGAGACUCAAGAAUCUGUUAGACUUGCAUUUUUAAACUGCUACCUGGAUUUUGCUGGUUAUUUGGAGCGUAUUGGGAGCGAGCUUGCCCAAAACAAAACAAGCAAAGAAGGUUCACAUUUUCCGAAUGGAUAUUCAGAUGAAUUAGAAGAGAAGUCAUUCACUGAUUUCCCUGGAAGUGUAGCGGAUCCUCACCAAAGACUCUUGAUCGUAUUAAGUAACAUCGGCUAUUGCAAGGAGGAACUUUCAUAUGAGUUAUACAACAAAUACAAACAUAUCUGGCUGCAGUCUAGGGAAAGGGAUGAAGAGGUCAGUGACAUACGAGAUUUAGUGGUGUCUUUCUCUGGGCUUGAAGAAAAGGUCCUUGAACAAUAUACUUUCGCAAAGGCAAAUUUGAUCAGAUCUGCGGCUGUGAACUAUUUGUUGGAUUCUGGUGUUCAGUGGGGUUCCGCACCUGCGGUUAAAGGUGUAAGGGAUGCUGCUGUCGAGUUACUGCACACCUUAGUAGCUGUGCAUGCAGAGGUCUUUGCUGGAGCUAAACCCCUUUUGGAUAAGACACUUGGCAUUCUUGUUGAAGGUCUAAUUGAUACUUUCCUCAGCCUUUUCCACGAAAACAAGACCAAAGAUCUUAGGUGGCUUGAUGCCAAUGGUUUCUAUCAGCUCACGCUUGAGCUUGAGUAUUUUGAAACCAUAUUGAAUCCUUAUUUUACACCCGAUGCGAGGGAGUCUCUGAAGUCCUUACAAGGGGUGCUUCUGGAGAAAGCCACUGAGAGUGUAAGUGAGGCUGUGGAAAAUCCAGGACAUCACCGACGACCAACCCGUGGAAGUGAAGAUGCACUUGGAGAUGACAGACAGCAAGGAUUGAGCGUCUCACCAGAUGACCUGAUUGCUCUUGCUCAGCAGUGCAGCUCUGAGUUGCUAGAAGCAGAGCUCGAAAGGACUCGCAUUAACACGGCAUGCUUUGUGGAGUCAGUUCCAUUGGACUCCGUACCAGAACCUGUUAAAUCUGUACAUAAUUCCUUCAGAGGUUCAAUGGACUCUCCCAGCAGAAACUUCAGAGGAACACAAGCUACCGCAUCCUUGAGCUUCUCCCGCCAAAGGCGUCGAUGAAUUUCCCAGUUACCUGGAUUUUUGUUCCUGUGUAUGUUCCAAGUGUUGUGCUUUAGUUAUUGAUUGCUAUAAUGUCCAAUUUUUUUU